AUGCCUAUCGGAUGGCACCUCAUGGAGACACCUCCAUUACGACACCUUGCAGAUUACACAUGCCCAUGUCUCGCCGAACAACACCUUGUGGACAUCUCCAACUCGCUUCAAUGCCAUUGUCGAGUGAAAUCCCCUGGGCAACACCUUUCUAAAGCAGUGCUGGUGGCGCCUGCUGAAUGGUUUCCAAACAAUGCUUACGGCACCUACUGA